CGGUUGUCGUCGUCGCCGCUGCUGCCGCUGCUGCUUCUGCUGAGGCUGCUGGCGGAGGCCGGAGGAUCAGGCGGCGGCGGCGGCGGCGGCUGAGAGGGCGGCGGCAGCAGAGCGGGACAAGGGAGCGAGAGGAAGCCCGAGAGGAGCAAGCUGAGAGCGCUCAGCCCCGCCCGCCCUUCCGCGCGCCCGAGCUGCCGGAGUAGCCCGAGCCCCCAGCCGCCGCCGCCGCCGCCCGCCUGUCCUUCCGCGGGACAAAGCCCGAGAUCCCGCGCCUAGAGCCAUGUCCUCGUCCGCCAGCAGCGGCCACCAGCCAAGCCAGAGCCGUGCCAUCCCCACCCGCACCGUGCCCAUCAGCGACGCCGCGCAGCUACCUCAUGACUAUUGCACCACGCCCGGGGGAACGCUCUUCUCCACCACUCCGGGAGGAACCCGAAUCAUUUAUGAUCGAAAGUUUCUGUUGGAUCGUCGCAAUUCUCCCAUGGCUCAGACCCCACCCUGCCAUCUGCCCAAUAUCCCAGGAGUCACCAGCCCUGGCACCUUAAUCGAAGACUCCAAAGUAGAAGUAAACAAUUUGAACAACUUGAACAAUCAUGACAGGAAACAUGCAGUUGGGGAUGAUGCUCAGUUUGAGAUGGACAUCUAACCGUCCUGCAAGGAUCAGAGGAAGAGCAGCAACACUGAUGCCUGUGUGUACUUGAUUGGGCCAAUAGAAUCAACAGUGAAAACACAGAAGAGGCAGUGCCAGCCGUCCCCAUUGCAGUCUCCCCCUCCUCCUCUUCCUCUGGGUGCCAAAUGAUGCAAAGAUGAUGAGCUUCAUCUGACCAUGUUCUUUCCCUGUUUCCUAUUUCCCUUCCCAGUUAGAUUAGAUUGAAGAUCAAAGGCCCAUGGCAUAUUUCUAUAGAACUAAGCAGCCCACAAAGGAAACCAGUUGAAGUCUGGCUUCCCUAGUCAUUUUUGUGUUGAGAGACACACCCCCGCCCCUAAAAUGUGUUGUUGUUGUUUUUAAUCUCAAAUCAAAUGCCAACCUACCAACAAAUGCCAGCUGGGAAGUCUGGGAAGUGUUACAGAGGUUUGGUGGGUUCAGCAUUGUUCACGUUCUUACUGUGUCUUUCCUCCUUGUCUCCCGCCCAUGAUUCAGUGCUACAAGAGCCUGGUUUGGGUCUUCAAAACCAGAGGGAAAUAAACAAGGAAAGAGCUGCUUUCUCUUGUCCCUUGAGGUGUUUGUCCUUGGGGCCCACACAGGUUGUACAACUCUGAUAGCACUGCCCUGUGACACUGUUCUGAGGUCUACUUCCUCUCCAUCCUCUGGGAAGAAUGUCUACUGUCUUUGGUGUUAUAGUUCACCUUCCCGUUUCUUAACUUAGCACAUGUGUGCAAAAAAUUUUAAACUGUAUGAGGGGGUUGUCGGUCACCAGCUGUUCUUUCCUCUUCUUCCAUUCCUCCCUACUUGCAUCAUGUUGCUUGCCGUCCUGUUGUACUCUGAGCAUCCAGGUGAUUUCACUGCUCCCAGAGCAGGUCCAUACCAAGUGAUUGAUAGAGCACUUUUGAUAAGGCCCGAUCAUAGUAUCCUGUAGAUAAUACUUAAGAAUGAUUUUGGAAGAGCAUUGGCCCAUUUGAGUAACUAGUCUCAGUGGUCAUUGUUGUUCAGUCCAUGAACAUUGUAAUAUCUGUUAUCUCAGAUUGCAGUCUUUUAUAUUUUGAGUUUAAAGAUGAUUUCCAGAAUGUUCUUAGAAAAACUAUUUUCCUUUGCGGACCUGCUUUAUUUGGCUGCUGAGAUAGAUAAGCAUGGGCUUCAAAAUGUGUUCCUUCCCAUGUUCUUGCCUUUUCCCUUGUACUCUGAAUUUUCCCUUUCUUUCCCUUCCUCCCCCCCUCCUUUCCUCCCUCUAUCUCUCCCUUUUCUCUGCCAGGCCAUUUUUCAAAUACACAUCAAAGAUACCUCAAGUGUUGGUAUCUGAUAAUAUCUGUCACUCCUCUUAUCUGAGGAGUGACCUUUUAUUUUUUAAGAUGACUACAGACCUAUUUUUAGAUAUGUUUUCAGUAAAAUUUGAACAGCAACUUUUUAAUCACAUCUUCCAGUGUUAGGAAGGUGAGAAAUGUCUGUAGGCGAGUCUGCUGUUCCAUGUCACCAUCCUUUGUCCCCUGUGGUCCCUUAUGAGCUCUUUCCUCCUCCUCUAGUUUUGGGUGUGCAUGCUUGGCGUUUGUAACGGGUGGUUGGUAAAGCUGGACCAUUCUGCCUUGUCGUGGGUUGUUCAUGAAAGCUUCCUUCUUUUCCCUUACCCUUUGCUCUGUCAUUCGCCCUCCUCCCCAGCCACCCCCAUGACUAUUGACUGGCACAGUAAUCCCAGGAGUGUGACUCCCCUCUUAGAAAGACUAAUGCCUCUGUCUCCUCAUAGAAAGACAAGUACCCCUGGUGUCCUGGGAAUUUCUGGCUGGAUUUGGUGCCCUGAGUCCUCUAUUGAAAGAUCACAACCCAGGGUGAGAGUAAUAUGCCAGUUGGCUAAGAAAGAAAGCUGUUUUUCUUUUGAACUAUGAAAAGACCCUAUUUGCAAAUACAUCUUAGACAAAAGAGGGAGGAUGUUUGAGAAACUUUGUUCUGUUUUCUGCUAUAAAAUGUGACUAGUUCAAAGAGUGAAACCCUUUGUGAUGGUUGAUGUCUCAGGAGUAAGCUGGACCUCCAGAGUUUUGGAGAUGCUUUCAGUCUCAGAAAUUGAUGAUCAGGAACGUAUGUUAUGUUUGUUUACUGUAUGUAUCCCUGUACUGAUUUUAAUUAAACUCCAAAUUUCACUUUA